AUGUAUGUGAAAUGCUUUGAUACAGUAAUGUUUUACUAUGUGAUUUUAGUGAAUGUCACUUUUUGUCAUUUUCAAAUUCCCCGCCAUUCCGUCCCCUGUACGUCCCGACGUCGCAUGGAAUGGAACCCAGAAGACAGAUGUCAGCAUCCGCCGGAGGACAUUGCCGGGGACGCUGCAGGAGGGACAUCGCGCGGGAGCGCAGGACAAGGUAAGUGAAGAACAGAUCCUGGAGCAGCGCCGCAGGCUAUUCCCGAGUGUAGCUCGGGGUUCCCGCUUCUGCUACACUCGGGAAUACCGCCAGGGAGGCUGCUAA